AAGAGGAUGCUGAAGAAAAGAGGUCAAUCCAAUGAAUCUUCCUGAACACACAAUAAGCCGAUAUAGAUGCUCUGGUGUUCACAUAAUGGCUGAAAAGAAUUACCUAAAAUUGGAUCAAUUAGCUUCACUGUUGUUUCAUUUAUCCCUUCUUUUGAGUUAAUUUUCUUUGCUUAUGCUAUUUCAUAUUUAACUCGAGCCAAGAAAAAUUGGGUCUGAUACAUUUUUCCUUUAGAACUCACUUUCAACCAUAUGAGUCAACUUUCAACUCUGACAACUCAUUUACCUAACUGGAAUGCUCACCAUGGGAGUCAAUUUAACCUUGUGAUGUGGUCACUAUACUUGCCAUUGAAAUUGUACUAGAACUAGAAAGCAUGAUGGCUUCUUCUCUUUGGAUAAAAUUCAUCCUUCCAGCCAUUUUUCUGCUCAUUAUUUCUCCCAAUAUCACAGCCCAGGAAACCACAUACCUCAACCACAGAUGCAUAAACACAACUUUUUUCACUCCAAAUAGUGCCUUCUCAACAAACCUCAAUGAAAUUCUCUCUUCUCUCAUCUCAAAUGCCCCCCACAGCAAUGGAUUUUACAACACCAGCACUGGGGACCUGCAGGGCUCUGAUAGAGCCUAUGGCCUCUUUCUUAGUAGAGGAGACAUCUCUCCUGAUCUAUGCCAAAUUUGUGUCAAGGUCGCAAGUAAAAGAAUAAAAAACCUUUGUCCUAAACAGAAAGAAGCAAUUAUAUGGUAUGAAGAGUGCAUGUUAAGGUACUCCAACAGGUCUAUAUUCUCUGAUAUGGAAGAGGAUCCUCAUUUUUAUUGGGAGAACCAGAACAACGGUACACAUCGAAGUCAGUUUAAUCGGUCUCUGGCUGACUUGAUGAACAGUUUGGUUCAUGAGGCUGUGUCAUCUAGCAACUUUUUUGCUGCUGAAGAUGUGAAUUUCACAACUUUUACUAGGCUAUAUGGGCUGGCGCAAUGCACUCCUGACAUUGUUUCAUCUGAGUGCCGCAUUUGCUUGGCUGCUUGUGUGAGUGAGAUUCGUAAAUGCUGUAAUGGGAAGGAAGGAGGUAGAGUUUGUAGGCCUAGUUGCAAUAUCAGGUUUGAAAUUUACUCUUUUUACUCUAUGGGCUCUCAUUCACCUCCGCCGCCAGCUACCUCAACAAGAAAAAGUGAGAAAAGAGGCUUUACAUCUAGGACUGUUAUAAUCAUUGUUUCUUCGGUAGUAGUUAUUUUUAUAGCACUUGUUGCCUUCACUUGUGUCCUUUUUCAAAGGCUAUGCAAAGCAAGAGAUCGGAAGAGAGCAGGAGGUAGACUUCCUGAUGGACAGGAUAUAGCUGUUAAGAGAUUGUCAUUAAUUCUGGGCAAGGAGACUUAG